AUGGAGCCACUGAUGUCUCCAUUUUCCGAACCCCACAGCCGUGAUCUGGAGGGAGACUUCCCGCUAGACGGAAAGGACCUUGACUCCAUCACAGACGAGACUCUGGCAACCCUUCUUGACUCUGCUCCUAUGCUACACCACCUUGGCUCCACAAGAUUCCAUUUGGUGAUGAAAGGUGGCGGCGGUGUCCUAUCAUGCGAAGCGAAGACGCUUAAUUUCAUUGCAUCCAAAACCGGCAUUCGAGCUCCACGAGUUCAUCGUGCAUUUCAAGUCGAAGAUGAGACGUAG